UGCAACCAAAGAAACAGAGUGAAAAAACUGUUCAAUUUGCCUUUGAAACGAUUUAUUAUAGAAAUUCAUAAAGGUCUGUUAAACUAUUCAUUCAGGUUUACCCUACCUCACUAAACCAAUUCAUUCAUCUCUGACAAUCUUUUGUUCUCUGUGACGCAAAUUACAUGAAUAAACGGUCAACCUUUAUAACGGAGAAUUUUUUACUCACUUUUGAUGAUGUGUGUCUCUGAAAAGCUUAUUUAAAAAUAAACAAGAAAGAAAUCGAGUUGAAAUUGAAAAAUAGAUUUGAAAAAAUAUAUAUCAAGGAUAAAGAAAAAUCUUUACAAUUUCUUUCAACAACACAAUAAAUUUAGGGAAAUUUUGGACUAUGGUAAAACUACUAAAGUGGAAACACUGAGACAAAGCUCGUCUGCUCUGCUCGGCACGUCGUCACUUUGCUUGGAUGACGGUGUAAAACUAAAAUAAAUCAGUUUGUUUUGAUCUGUUUAAAUUUUCAUCAGCAAUAAUGUUACGCAGUACUGCUAGUUUGAUUCGCAAACAGUUAUUCCAAAUGGAAAACUUACGAGCUUACAGCAAAGUUGGUGACUUGGGCAGUGGUGCGGGGAAGGGCGGAGGUGGAGGAGGUUCCAUUAGAGAGGCUGGUGGCGCUUUUGGCGCAAUGGAGGCAGCACAUGAAGAAGAAUACUUCUACAAGCAACAACGCGAGCAACUGAAAAGACUGAAGGAAGACUUAUCUGAUGAGAUCAGCUUCCAUGAGGAGCAGAUCAAGAGACAUCAGGAGGCCAUUGACCGCCACAAGAAGCGAGUGUCCAGCAUUGACGAAGAAAAGUGAAAGGUAUUGUAAUGUAGGCCCUCUCCAUUAGCUGCAUUUCCGAUAGUACUCCAUUGUAAUUCACCAACUCUUGUACUUCAUUAUUAUGUCACUGAGUAUUAUAUAUUAAUUAAAUAAUAGUUAUAUAGACACCAUUUUGUAAUAAGGAUUGUUUAAUAAAUCAUCUUUUUGUUGUGAUUGAAAA